CCACUUACAGUGUUCUAGAUGCCUGGAUGAUCGCUUGGUUUGCCCUGUCUAUGGCGAUGGGCAUCUAUAUAAAAAGUGAUCGUGUACGUGUCGGUACGGCCCAGCACCACGCGGCUUACCCACAAAAGCACAAGGAAAGUCCUGGCUUGCGCGUUGCGCGUCGUGUACGAACACGAGGGGGAUAUUCCCGCCGUACGGAGGGGGUUUAUCUAUCCGCAAUAGAGAUGGCUAUGGCGAUGCCAAUGCCGGUGGCCGUGGCGGCGGUGGCGCGAAGGGUCCCCGUUGUGGCGGCUCCAUGGUCCACAAGGCACGCGAGCCCGCAAUGCUUGUUCCAGAGCACGCCCGCGCUGAGAUUCAGAUUCACAUCAUCCCCCAGCGCUCCCAGCUCCACAGCAGCAGCGGCAGCAGCAGCAUCCGAUCCAACAGCCGUGCCCCAGCUAGAGGAAGAACAAGGAGCACCACAGUUGGAAGCCUCGCCCGCAGCCUCCAAUCCCAUCGCGGCGUUGAGGUCCGAGGCGGAGAUCCUCAAGCGGAAGAAGAAGAGGAUGGAGCUCCGGAGGAAGAGGCUCAAGCGGAAGAGGAUGCUGCGCAAGAAAGGGCGGUGGCCACCCUCCAAAGUGAAGAAGAACAAGAAUGUGUAACACCCAAGCGAGCUUUCUUACAAGCUUUUGAGGCUCCCCCAUUGGUUCAAGCUCAAGCAUUGCUCGGUACCGCUUUCAAUACGGAGAAGAUAUCUAUACGUGUU